AUGUCACCCGUUCAUAGAGACGAUGGCGAUGUGGCCCGGCACCCUAACAUGGACACGGACUCCGCUGACAGGAAGAACCAGCAGAAGAGAAGUAGCGUCAUAGUUACCAACAGCAACCACCCAGCCAAUCGCCGCCCCCAGACGACACACACAGACAUGGCGGCAAGCGGUAACAGUGGCCCCUUGACCGGCAGGCAGACAGGAAAGUUUGAGGUCUGUUCUGGGGAAUUUCUGUUUAAUGUUAAUGUCCAUCAGGACACUGGACCUUCAGUUAAAGACAGGGCACCACAAGGGUAUUUGCCCUCCCCACCGCCAGCCCACACACCUGUCCCCAGCCCACUCCCAGCCCACACUUUCAGUCCAGCCCCUGCUCAUACAUCCACCCAGGUCCAUUGUUUGGGUGCUCAGUCUCCUAGUCCAGCUCACAUGAAGUUCGCCAGACCACCAAUGGGUCGGGAUAUUCUUCCGGCAGAUCACCCAAUCAACCACCCUCUCAUCCAGCAGCUGAUCAACCAGAGACUGCACGUGCCAGAAGACAGCCCUCCCAGCGUUAGCUACCAUGGCAACCACCACCACCACAACGACAACGACUCCAAUAGCAGCAGUGACUUCGUGCAGCCCGACUACCGUCAGAUCGUCUACACAUCUGCCAGUCCCCAGCACGAGGACGAUCGAGUGUUCUACUUACACGACCCUGGCCAUCAACAUGACGACAUGGAGGAGUCAGUCAGGCACCAUUACACGAUGAUGUCUUCCAGCGACCGGAGACAUCUCCACCAUUCCAACGUUUCUCUUGACCAACAGCUGUACUCACUUUCUCAGUCACACUCCCUCAUCAAUCCCGCUCACCUCCCGCCUUCUCCCAGCCCAUCUCUGCCAUCCUCUUCCCCCACUCUUCAAUCAGUGUCCGAUGAUGACACCCACACACCGCCAACUCCACCUCACUCCAUCCCGUCACCAUCCCCCCAACACAACAAGGACAGCAACGCUUACACCUAUGAAGCCUUUUUGGUCAGCGACGGGCGGUCAAGGAAGCGAGCACUGGAGGGGGAACUGGACAGCAGCAACAGCAAAGUCCGUUACACCUGCAGCGAGUGCGGGAAAGAUUACGCCACAUCCUCCAACUUGUCCCGCCACAAACAGACGCAUCGGUCCCUGGACAGCAAGAGCGCCAAAAAAUGUCCCCAUUGUGAGAAAGUCUACGUCAGCAUGCCAGCCUUGUCUAUGCACGUGCUGACCCAUGACCUCAGGCACUCAUGCGAUAUCUGCAGUAAGACCUUCAGUCGACCCUGGCUGCUCCAAGGUCACAUGAGGUCCCACACUGGAGAGAAGCCCUUCGGUUGCGCCCAUUGCGGGAAAGCAUUCGCUGACAGGUCCAACCUGCGAGCCCACAUGCAGACCCACUCAGCCUUCAAGCACUUUGCCUGCGACAAAUGCAACAAAAGCUUCGCUCUCAAGUCCUACCUGAACAAACAUCUAGAGUCCGCUUGCGUCAAGGAGUGA